CACGUUUGUGUUUUAGGGGGGCUGCGGGGAGGCUGGAAAAGGCGCUGGAGGGAGCUGGUGCCUUGGGAGAAGACGGAGAGUCUACAGGCUGGGCUGCCACCCUCUGGGCUCCCGGUGCCCGCAGCACCCAAUUUGGGAACGUUUUUGUCUGGGUGCCUCGGGAUGGAUGUGCCCAAGCGUCCUGGUGACCGCACCUGGGCGGAAAGUCCUGGACACGGGCGCAGCAGCAGCAGCAGCGAUGGCAACGCUCUACCCCUCGCUGGAGGACAUGAAAGGCCACCAGGUCCUGCAGGCGCAGGCAGCCGCUGGUGUCGGCACCCCCGCCACGACGCUGCUCACGGAGAAGCCGAAGCUCCCCUCUGCACCGCCCAUGCUGUACCCCAACCUGGCGGAGCUGGAGGACUACAUGGGACUCGCGCUCUCCAGCGAAGAGAUCCAGAAAAAACUCUUCCCGGACAGCAGCACCGCGCUGACCCCCGCCGGCCCCCUGCCGGGCCAGCUGGUCGCCCCCCUGAGCGGGAACAACGCGGGGCUGCGGCGGGCGGAGAUCAAGCCGGGCGUGCGGGAGAUUCACCUCUGCAAGGACGAGAAGGGCAAAACGGGGCUGCAGCUGAGAAACAUCGACCAGGGCAUCUUCGUGCAGCUGGUGAAGGCCAACUCGCCGGCCUCGCUGGUGGGGCUGCGUUUCGGUGACCAGAUCCUGCAGAUCGACGGCAAGAACUGCACGGGCUGGAGCAGCGACAAGGCGCACCGGGCGCUGAAGAAAGCGUCCCCGGAGAAAAUCGUCAUGGUGGUGAGGGACAGGCCGUUCCAGCGCACGGUCACGGUGCACAAGGACAGCACCGGCCACGUGGGUGUCGUGGUGAAGAAGGGGAAAAUCGUCUCGCUGGCCAAGGACAGCUCGGCCGCCCGCAACGGCCUCCUGACCCACCACUACAUCUGCGAGGUCAACGGCCAGAACGUCAUCGGCAUGAAGGAUAAGCAGCUCACUAGGUGCUGGCGGACGCAGGGGAACGUCGUCACGCUCACCAUCAUCCCCGCCGUGAUCUACGAGCACAUGGUCAAACGGCUGUCGGCGGGGCUGGUGAAGUCGUCCAUGGACCACUCCAUCCCCGACCUCUGAUGCGAUCGCCGCUGUCCCGCCACCGGUGUGGGCACCCCCCCGGCCGAGCCUGGAAGUGGGGGGGCUCAGAGGGACCCUAGAAGGGACCCCUGCAGCCCCCCAAAGUAGCUGUUGUAGCACAGAAACCCAUAAAAGCCUGGGGCUGCAGGGCAGCGCAGCGCCGUCCCGCAUCCUCGCUCUCAGCAGUGGGGAUGGGGAAGGUGCCCCCACCUCCACGCUGCCUCCCCUUGUCCCAGGGUCCCCCCCCAGGUCCCCUCGUGUCCCCUGUGGCCUCUCGGGGCAGAUGCCAAAAGCUGGCUCCAGCGAAAGCAGACACAGACCCAGCGACGUUUAUUACAUCCACCACAGACAGCGAGUACAGGACAGUGGAGAACGAGAGAAGA